CGUGAACGAAAGCAGCCUUGCGCAGUGUCCGUGUGCCCGCAAGCUUGACUGCGCCAUGCAGCGCGAAGUGCCGCCCACGUCGCCCCUGGCCCUGAAGCCGGCCGUUUCCCAGUGCCGGGCCUUGGAGUGGCUGGCGGAAUGCUCCCAGGCUGAGCUCCUGCAACAGCUGCGUGAGCUGAAAGUGCAGCGGUGGGAACGAUGCGUGGCCUCUUCAUGGCACCCGGUUCUGAACCGCUUCGACAGCAUUUUGGCCGCCUUUGCAGACCCCGCACGCGGCGAGGGAGGGCCCACGGAAGAGCUGGUCUGCGAGGUGCUGAGGGUCCUGCACGAUAUCGUCUUCCUCCAUCAGGAGCUGAAGGGCGCGGUUGACCGCCUGCGGGACCUGCUGCAAUGUUCUGAGCUGAAGGUGCUCCUGGGAGCCCUGAGGUGCCUUGCGGCCUGCCCACCUAGCCGGCACCUUCAAAGCGGCGCCGUUGCCAUGGAACGGCGCUUGGAGGUUCUUGCCUGUGCUGGCGCACCCAGCGUCCUGGGCGGCAUGGGCUUCCGGGAUGCCUGCAGCGAAGGGGACUUCGGGGUUGGAGACUUCCAGUUUGAAGUGCCUGGAUACGCUGGGACAGAUCCCUCAGAGCCCUCAAUGCUGAAGGCUCAAGCAGAUACGUUUGAGGCGCUCAACGCACAGUUCGAGGCCUCAACGACCAUUCCCGACACGGCUCGUCCCGCCCUUGCUUUGCAACUGCGGCUUUGGUGCCGCUCGCGCUCAUUGGAGGGCAGACGGGAGGUGGCGGCUAUAGCUUUACUGGCAAUUUGCAAUGCAGUCAAGCACAUCGGCCCCUACGUUUUGCAGCAGUACUUGCAGAAGAGGCCCGGCCUAUUGUCCGAACUCUGCGAACUGCUGCAGAGCCUUCAUGCCGUUGGUCCAGACGCAGGCGUAGCAGCGCUCCGGGUCACCGGCGCCAUCCUGGACUCGCGGUUCGGGCAAAGUCGAUCUGAAGCGUCUCAGCUAUCGCAAAUGCUCGGCUUAUCCUUGCCGCACGGCAUCGUUGCAUGCGCUUUGAGAGGACUACUUGGACACCAGCCCAUGCCAGAUCAGCUGGAGGAUCACAACAAGGUCCUUCUUGCUGCAUUGGAUUUGUUUCAAAUCACCACCGUCUCCAAUCAUCAGACCACAGCUCAACUCGGGCAUGCCGGCAUGAUCUUGGCGAUGCUCGAGCUGAUGCAGAAGACCGAUGUCCCCUCGCUGCCAACCGUGACUGCCAUGCUGCGCUGCCUCGAGCUGGCGGCAGAGGUUUCGGGCACCGCAGCGCUGGUCCUCUUCCGAGACUUCAGCGGUUUGCAGGCCUUCUCCUUGAGACUUCAGAGAGAAGUGGAGCUGAUCACGGCCUUGGACUUCUCCGGUGAUGCAUUUGAUCUGGAGCCUCCUUCCGACGCUGAGCAGAGACAGAGGUUCUGGGAGCUCUUGGAGGAGGUUAUUGCAAGAAGGCGGCUUUGCCGCCAAUUGUUGAAGAAUAUUCAGACUGCGCUGCAAUGCACAGAAGUCCUGCAGGCGGGCCUCGCCAAUGUGUUUCAGGGGCCCCUGAUGGAUGCGCUGAAGACCGCACUGAAGGAGCCGCAAAAGGUCGGCUUGUCGCUCUUCGGCACAGCGAUAGACAUCGUGUCCAGCAUCAUCCAAGAUGACCCUGCGAGAGUUCCGCAGAUGAUCGAUUCAGGAGUGCUGCCUGGCAUAGUGGCCGCACUCAACAAGGAAACGAUGAGAAGUGCAGAAUGUCUUUCUUUUGUACCUGGCGUGCUGGCAUCAAUAGCUCUUCAUGCCGUUGGUGAGGACUUUCUCCUGAAUUCGCCCUCGAAGCCAAUACAGCUGUUGACCCACAUCCUGGUGGACGCGAGUUUUGCCCCGCUUCUUCACUCCCAGCCAGAACUGGCACAGAUCAUGAGCACCCAGGUGGACAAGGUGCUGCGAAACCGGCCGUCUGGGCCCAACCAGUUGACGGAACAUGUGGUGGAUUGCAUGCUAGACGGCAUGCGCAGCAUUCUGGAGGAGGCGAAGGCCUAUCCAGAGUGGACUCCGCUGGAUUUGGAGGAUCAUACGGACUACCUAUCAGACAGACUGGCGCCCUUCAGCCGCUUUUGUUGGUCGAUCCUGUCCACCAACGAGCAGACUUUGAAGUCCUUCUUGGAGAAGAAGGGCUUGCAGCUGGUGCGACAACUGCAGGAGCUGCCUUGCCUGCCCUACCAUUUGACCUCCUUGGAAGGUCAGCAACAUCCAAUGGCCAGCCUCUUCAACUUGCAGGCCAGGGGUCCGGACGGGAACUUGGCGGUCGCGGCGGAGCUGAUGGAAAUGUUGCACGUCAACUUGGAGCAGGCGGAGCCCACGCUAAAGGAGUGCUUGCCUGGAGACCCUUACGCCAUCCUGGGCGCCAUGGAGGAGUCCAAGGUCGCCGCCCUGCUGCGCUCCGUGAGCCGGGCCGCCUCGGCGCUGGAAGGCUUGCUUUGCGUGUGCCGCGAGGGCAGCUCUGUGCAGGUCCUCGAGGCAGUCCGAGCACCUCUCAAAGAUGUCGGCCAGUUGGGCACCAGCAUUUUCUGCAUCGCGGCGUGGUAUCCGCAGGAGCGUGAGCGUGCUCCAGCAACUUCCAGCUAUCACGAGAUGAUCAAGGCCUUGUUCUCGCCAACUCCUCCUGCUGCUGCUGCUGCUGGAAGCUGGGGCCCAGAUGAUGUCCCGCCGGAGAAGGAACAGCCCGUCCAGGGCAAGCUCUUGGAAGCGGCGCGGCAAUGCUUUCGCCUCACGGCUCAUGCUGCGCGGCAGCUGCUGGUUGUGGUCUCCAAGCAGCUUCACAGUCGUGCAAGGCAGCGAGAGGUAUCGCCGACGAUCUCCGGUGUGGCAAGUGACCUGGCGGAGGUGGCAAAGGUCUACCUUUCCAGUGCUCAGCCAACAGAUGCUACCGCAUCCAUGCGCUGGACCUCCGACAUCUUCGAUUUGCUGCUGCGGAUGCACGAGGAGCAGAACCGGGUGGCGGUGCGGCCGCUGAGCUUGUCCGCCUUCUACCAGGUCGGCGGCUUCGAGUUGCUGGGGCCGAUCCUGCAGAAGGUUGGGGAGAGCUUGGACUUGGAGUCAGGACCUGCCGCCCUGGGCAGCGCGCUGGCAUACCUGGAAAAGGUGACUUCUCACAAGCGAUUCACCAACGCGCCGCAAGUGAGCCUUCUGAAGGCGGAGGACGGCUUCAUCCCGAAGGACCCUUUGUGCCGCUCAGUACAGGCGGAGUCUUUGAGGAUCCUCCUGCCAGUAUGGCGUGGAGGAGAUCUUUCGCGCUUCCCUGACAAUGCAGCCCGAUCGCUCAUGAAGGUUUGGGUGCACUCGCUGGAUGGCCCUCGCGACAUCCCACCCAGGCCGAGCGGAGCUUCCGGAGCAGCCCCACCCGCACCGGGUCCUCGUUGGCCAGAUGCCACUCGCCAGAGCAUGGUCACCUCGCUGAUCGACAUGGGCUUUCCGCGCGAACAGAUUGAGCGUCGACUCCAAGAUAUUGAUCCCGGCACUCGACCAGAUAUUCCAACGCUCAUCAUGAUGAUGGACGGCGACGGCUCAAUGCCCCCUGCACCGCCGCCGCCGCAGGCAAUCCCGCCAGCGCAGCCACCAGCUGAGGACGCUCCAGGAGUGAAGGCCAAGACGACGGCGGAGUUUCAGAGCCUGGUGGCGGAUAUGUUACAGGACCUGCUGCCGCGGAUUCUGCUCUUCGGCCGCAAGGUGCCGAAGGCAAUUCCGGUGGUGGCAGAUGCCAUGGCCUUCAUUGUGGCAGUCCCGAUUCAGCUGUGGGACGGCGCGGUGGGCAAGAACGGCACCGAAGCCAAUGCGGGCUCAGUGGUACAGGCUUGUCUGGAGGCUCUGGGUGACGCCCCGCCACCCGACACCCUCGCCUGCGUGGCCCAGGUCCUGGCGAGCCUCUUGCACCGCCGGCAGCAGGUGGUGGCUGCUAUUGGUACUGCCGGUGCCCAGUCGCUGCUGGAAAAACUGCAGACAUGGUGCAGCAUGAGCCUCGACUUUGACAAGCCCUCAUCCGAGCGGGGCUAUCGCCUACUGCAUUGCAGUGGCAGCGGUCCAUUUGCAGGAGAAAGCGAAACGCUGCUGGCGCCACCCUCCUGGUUCACUCCGGUGGUGGUCUGCGCCCAUCAGCUGCUGUCGAAGGUGGAGCUGGUGAAGCUGCGAGACGGCGGAGAGGCCUUGGAGACUGAGACACAGAAGACCUGGGUGAGCUUGAUCAUGGACAUCAUCUAUGGCUUUCCCGGGCUGGACGGAGGUUUGACCCAGAGCUGUUUGCAAGUCUUGACGCGGAUUUGCGCCACGAGCGUGGGCAGCAGCGCGCUGGUGUCCUACCAGCUGAACCCCAAGUUCUCUGCCAGCUGCGUCGUAGCUGAGGGUGCGGUACUCUCCUUGCAACUGCUGCUCCGCCUGGGCAAGCAGGCAGCUUUCCAGGGGCUUCUCCAAAUGCUUGCCGCCUUGGUGGUGCUUUUGUUGGAGGAAGGGCCGACGCUGCAGCAGCACAUGGAGACGCAGAUCCUGGAACUGUUCGCGGCGCGGAAGGAGAUGCCCGCAAGGGAUAUCUACCGCCAGCUCUUCCCGCUCAUGAGUCGGAACCCGCAGCUGUUCGAGGAAGCUCUGAAGGCAGUGACGCAACGAACAAUUCUUUCCGGCGAGACGUUGGCGCUGGAGCUAAUUCCAGAGGCCGAGAAGACACAACGCGCGAAGCUCCGGGGCCAACUGCCGCCAGGGGCUUUGCCGGUGCUGCAGACCCUGGUCAAUGAGAUUGGCUUUGGCGUUGACCUGCAGUUUAGGACAUCGUACCAGAAGCUGCAUGAGGCAGCUGGCAAAGCUGUGGAGAAGGCUGAGGAGCCGCUGCCGGCUGACUCGCUUCCUCCUCCGUUCCCCCUCGCAUUGGGUCCAAAUUGUGUGCUUUGCGUCCUUGACAGCCUCCUGCUGCGCAUCCCGGGGCUGAGCGCGCUGCUUCUGAAGCCGCCUUUGGCGUUGGCGGCAGAGCCGAAGGAGGAGCCUGGCUUCUUUCUGGUGACUUCCAGUUCAGCGGCUGAGCAAAAGAGCUUACUGCUGCUGAUGAUGCGGCACUUGCUUCCACAGUUGGCUCAGCUCAGCGAGCUUUGGCCGAAGCAGUUCGAACUUCUGCGGCCCUCACAGAAGUCGGCGCUGUCUGGAACUAUGAAUCCGGUUCAGAGGCUGCUGCCACACCUGGGAGCGGUCCUGUGCUCCGCGGCGCGGCACCCCGGCGAGCCUCGCAGGGCCCUGGUGGUGGAGGCAGUGGUAGCACUGCGCGCAUUGGCAGAUGGUCCGAAAUCCCAGGAGGAGCAAGGCUCCUACGGGGCGCAGGUGGCGACGGUCUCCUCCAUCGUGGCUCGGCUCCUGAGCGCUGCCUCGGCAGACCGCAAGGACGACAAAGACGAGGACGCGGAAGCUGGCGCUGCGGAAGCCCCAGGCGGUAGCAGCGCUUCGCCAAAGAAAGCGGCGGGCCGAGAGGCGAAGACGCAAAAGCGGGGCCGCAGCUUCUUCAGUGCCGCGGGAGAGCUGCAGGCCUUGCGCGAGGGCUUCGUGGCAGUGCUGAAACACCUGGCGAUGCGCGACGCCGGGCCCGCCAGCGCGGUGGUCAGGUGUUUGGAGCUGCUGUCGCGCUGGGAGGUGCAGACAGGACCAGAACCACGCGAUUCUGAGUCUGGCGAACUGCUGGAGUCUGAUGCGAGGGUCCUGCGAGCACUCCGAGACGCGCCCUUGGAGCACGUGGAGGUGGCCGAGGAGGCAGUCGGACCCGACGAAGAGGAUGAUGAGGAGGAUGACCUGGGCGAAGGUGGGGAAGCGCUGGACGAGGAUGAAGAUGAAGGCUGGGUGAUGGACCAAAUGGAUGACCAGGUUGAUGGCGAUGAGGCCGAGCGCGUGCACGACGAUGGUGAGGAGGAUGGCGAUGAAGACGACGAUGGUGAUUACGAUGAGGAAGACGAGGAGGAUUUGGAGGGCGUCAUGGGGGACUUUGGGCAGGAGGCCCAUGGAAUUUCCUCUGUGGUGCUGGUGAACGAGCUUCGGGACCAGCUCUUGGGGCAAGGUCCUGGAGUCUUGCAAAAUGUGGUGUUCGAUCAGGAGCAGAGCCGGAUGGAGGGUGGUGACGGCAUGACUUUCCGAGUGGACAUUGAUCUGGGGCAAGGCGGUGUGAUACAAGGUGUGCACCGCGGAGGGCAGAUGCGAAGAAUGCAGAUGCCACCUUCCAGAGGCAUGCGUGGCCCGGCUCAGGGCUUGGGCAAUGGGCCCGCCUGGGAGCCGGGCGAGAUGGACGCUCCCGCAGAGCAUCCCUUGCUGCGCCGGGAGCCCUUCCCGCACGGUGAGCAAGAGAACAACCGCAUGCCACCUUGGAUGGCGCCGGCAGGGGGUCUACGCCACUUCCUGGGAAGCAACUUCGAGCCUGCGCGCAGUGGGCCUGCUACAGCAGCAAGCCCACCGGUCAGCGAGGACUUCGAUGCAAUCUUCACCGAAGUGUCUGGGCGUCUGCAAAAUCAUCUCCGGGCACGACCUUCCACUCCGUCGCCCUCACCGCAGGCGGACGUGGCAGAAGAUCUGGCACGCCUCAACGAGGAAGCCGGGCGUGCAGCCGCGCCUGCGGAAACUCAGGCCCAAGCUUCUGCUCAGGAGGCGAAGGAGGCGCCGGCGGCGCCGGUGCCGGCGGAGCCGCCGGCGCCGGAGCCAAAGGAGCCAGAAGCAGAGGCGGCCUCCGCUCCGGCGGAGGCGGCUCCGGCGGAGGCGGCUCCGGCGGAGGCGCCGGCGGCUGCGGCGGCGGAACCUGCAGAGGAUCCUGCUGCGGCGCUGGGCAUCGCAGAGCUUGAGCGGCUCGCCACCAGCCUGGGCUGCACCCAGACCGCCUUGCUGCAGGCGGCGGAGAUCGACGCGACGGUGGUGGCAGAGUUGCCUGAGGAGAUGCGUGGCGCGGUGGUCAUGGCUACCUUGUCACAGGUCAACGUGGACCAUCUCCGGCGCAGCAGCGCGCCCCCAGCGGGAGCAGCCCCAGACACUGGAGGCGACGACGAGAUCGACGCCUCCGUGCUGGAAGCCUUGCCUCCCGAAAUCCGAGCGGAGGUCAUGGCAGAGCAGGAGAGGCGGCGCCGCGAGCAGGAGCGGGCGAGGGCUGCAGCAGUUCCUGCUCCAGUGGCGGUCGCUCCCACGGCUUCGAUCAGCGGCGACAUGGACAACGCCUCCUUCAUCGCGUCGUUAGAUCCCAUGCUCCGAGAGGAGGUGCUGAUGACAGCGCCGGAGGAAGUCUUGCAGACUUUGCCGGCCGAGCUGGUGGCAGAGGCACAGAUGAUCCGUGACAGGGCCUUCAUGCGCAUUGCGAGGGAGGGCCCGCCGCCGCAGCCAGCGCCAGUCCGACCGGCUCCAAGACCACAGCCACGUCCAGUGGCCAGACAACAUCAAUACCUCCAGGCUAUGGAACAACAACUUUCGCAGGGAGGUCGCAGACCCUUCCUUCACGGCAUGGAUGGCCGUGUGAGACAGGCCGGUGAAGACUUCAUGGCCCAACUCGGCUUGGCCUUGGGCGGCACCCGCAACCGCCAGGACUUGAUCUCGCAGCUGGGAAUGGCGCUGGGUGGCUCCCGCGGUCGCCAGGCGCCGCUGGUCGUUGCCGCAGGAACCAACUCCCCGCGGCUUGCAUCCUUCGACAAGGCGGACCGCGCUUUGCUGGAGCGUUUGGACGAGUAUGACGACUGCCAGGACCCAGAGCCACUGCCACCAGCUGCCAUUCCAGACGUCUGUCAGCUUUUGUACUUCCGCAACGAGGUUGCUGUGACGCCCUUGACCCGACUCUUCUUCAACCUGUCGCUACACCCAACCACCCGGAACUUCACCCUGGGCCAGUUCCUCGUGCUUCUGUGCAAAGAGCCGCAGGCCUUCGGCUCCACGGAGACGUCGCUUCCUCCCGCGCACUUGUACGAAGGUCUGGAGAAUGGGCAACUGCCUACAUCUACUGCGACGGAAGUGAAGGCGGUGGGCUCCCAGCGCGUCUUGCAGAUCAUGGCGUACCUGCUGCGCAGAAUUCCUCAGUGCGGGGAAUUCUUUGCCAAGCCGCUGCAGAACGAGCCCUGGCUAGAGGGCGAUGCGCCGCUGGUGGGCGGCGGGAAGCUGUCGGACCUGGUGGGGAAUUACUCGGUCAACGUCCUCUUGAGACUCUUGACGACAACGUUGUUCCUCGCCUCUUCCAGGCAUGCUGCCUGGCUACUGGCCAUUCUCCAUGCGCUCAUGGUUCCUCAGAAGCAGGAGGAGAAGGAUAAGCCGCCUGCAGAAGGCAAAGAGGCAAAGGAGAAAAACGAGAAGGGCGAGGACAAGAAGGAGCCGGCUGAGCAGCAAAGCCUGGAGCGUUGGUCCAAGAUCAACAAAGAGAUGCACGCUGUUCUGUCGCAGGAGAGUGUCCUCUCACUGUGCCGCUUUCUUUGCCAAGCCGGAAGCGGCCACGGAUCAAGCGGAGAGGCGGACACCUUCCAGAUGGCCGGGGAGAUCCUGGUGGCCCUCGCAGCGUCUCCGGAGCACCUGGCCAUGGUCCGGACGGAGCUGAUGACGGUUUUGGCUUACUUGGUCACCAACAUCGAGGCCGACCUGGUGAAGUGCGAGCCGGGCUCUGCGGACCCCUCCACCAUGGAGACCCGCCUGCUUCGAUUGGUGCGGACCCUCGCAGAGGUCUUCAAAGAAGCUGCCAAAGCUUCGCCCAAGGAGCUGAAGAUCGAGGUCUUCCUGCAGGAGGCUCGCCUGGAGGAUCUCUGGGUCUCCCUGGAUCGCACACUGGCCCGCCUGCACGACACAGAGGUUUUUGCAACACCCGCCCAGAGGAUCCUGUCCACAGGAGUUGCUCCGUCCCAGCUUCGCGGGGAGAGCUCAAGUGUCAGCGGAUCGCUGGCAUCCAAUGUGCAGACGACUCCGCCAAAGCCGCUCCUGAAUCGGCUGCUGCCGUUGAUCGAGGCCUUCUUCGUUCUCCACAACGGGUCCAAGGAGGCUGAGUCGGAAUCCAAAGAACAGGAGCUCGAGGGCGGCACGGAGGAGGAGAAGAAGACAUCGCCACAAGAGCAGGAGGCCCGACAGGGGAGUUCCUCCUCCGGUCUUGGAAAGCAAGUCUUCGCCAACUUCGUCGAGGUGACGUUGGUGGAGAGGAGCCGAUUCGGAGAGUUCUGCAAGCAGCACAGGCGCCCAUUGAACGCUUUGAUUAAGCAGACGCCGGCAUUGCUGAACAAGUCCUUCUCACCACUGCUGAAGCACAUGCCCCAUUGCCUCGACUUCGACAACAAACGAGCAUAUUUCAGAUCACAGCUCAGGUCCCGUCGCAUGGAGAGUCGCUAUGAGACUAUCCGCCUGCGAGUCAGGCGAACGGAGAUCUUCAUGGACUCUUAUCACCAGCUGCGCAGGAGGACAGGGGAAGAGAUGCGCGCGAAGAUCCAGGUCCAAUUCCAGGGAGAGGAAGGCAUUGAUGCGGGCGGCGUUGGCAAGGAGUGGUAUGGAGCGCUGGCGAAGGAAAUCUUCAACCCCAACUAUGCGCUGUUCGUACAAGCGGGGGGCAAGGCCUGCACCUACCAUCCGAAUCCCAUGUCCUACGUCACUAGGGACCAUCUGGACUACUUCCAUUUCAUUGGGCGCGUCAUUGGCAAAGCCAUCCACGACGCCCAGAAUCUGGAGGCCUGGUUCACUCGCGGAUUCUACAAGCACAUGCUUGGCAAGAAGGUGAUUGCGGCCGACUUGGAGGCGUUUGAUCCAGAGUACUUCUCCAACCUGAAGUGGAUGCUGGACAAUGACAUUACCGAAGUGGUGGAGCCCUACUUCUGUGCCGAAAGCGACGAGCUGGGCCAGAUGAAGGUGGUUGACCUGAAGCCGAACGGCCGAAAUCUGCCCGUGACCAACGAGAACAAGUACGAGUACAUUCAGCUGAUGGCAGAGCACAAGAUGACGAAAUGCGUGCAGCAGCAGAUCGACGCCUUCUUGAGAGGCCUUCACGAGAUAGUUCCUCCUGAACUGCUGUCACUCUUCGACGACAAAGAACUGGAGCUGCUCAUUUCCGGCCUGCCGGACAUUGACAUCGAGGACCUGAAGGCCAACACCGAAUACCACAACUAUACUCCGCAGUCGGAUCAAAUUCAGUGGUUCUGGAAGGUCCUCAGCGAGUUUAGUCAAGAGCAGCGAGCCUGGUUCCUGCAAUUUGCGACUGGAACGUCCAGGGUGCCAGUCGAAGGAUUCAAGGGCCUGGUCGGAAUGCGCGGUCCACAGAAGUUCUGCAUCCAUCGCGCCUACGGACCUGACCGCCUGCCCUCCGCCCACACCUGCUUCAACCAGCUAGACCUCCCGGACUACCCGUCAGAGGAGGUGCUGAGGGAAAAGCUUCUACAGGCGGUUCAUGAGGGCCACGAGGGCUUCGGCUUCGCCUGAAGAUUUGCGACCUGGCUGAGAUUGCAGCUCUUUGCUCGAACUGCGUCCACUCCGUUUGCGGGCUUGGCAAGCAAU